AACGAGAAGUCUUGUAAAGUACGGUAAAGACGAGCUUUGCUCAGUCUCUCUUUCAGUUAGCUUUGCAGAGACAGAGUGUAGAGAGAGAGAGAGAGAGAGGGAGAGAGAGAGAGAAGGGUUUCGAAACCCCACUUUUUUUUUUUUGUCACCGUGAUUUCACUGAUCUUUCAUUUCUAACUCUUUCCGGAGAACUUUUGUUUUAACUGUUUUUUUAUACCCAAAAGUUUCGGUUUUUCCGGUGAGAGGUUUCGGAUUUUGUGUUUUUUCACAGUGAUAUGAGGGACCAUGGGACCAUUUUGAAACUUUGAAAUCACGGUUUUGUUCUCAAGGCAGGAACCACUUCCAAGUUCCAACUCUUGUGCUCCCCCAUUGUCUGUGGAUUCCUCUUCAUUUUCCCUCAAAACAGAACUCGUUGAUUCAUCCAAAAAUUUUGAUUUUUAAAGAUUUCUUGUGAAUUCUGAGUUCGAAUUAUGGCUUUCUCUUUUACUGGUUUCCCUUGGCGGUUGUGGGGUGGGAAUGAGAAAGAGCCUGUCUCAAAUGGGUCUUCCAUGAAUUCUUCAUUUGAGUGGGGAUUUGGUUUGUGGGAGCCUGAUACUGUAAAAUUUCCUUCAACCAAGAUAGCCUCUUCUCAAAGGAAGGUCAAGAGGAAAUGGCCUAGUAGGGAAGAGAGGAGAAUUGAGGUUAAGGGGAAAUGGCAGAGUAGGGAAGAGAGCAUAAUUGAUAGGGAGUUUGAUGCUGAGUUGGUGCCAUCUGAUGGUGUUUGUUUGUCGGGGUCAGAAUCUGAUGACCCAGACUGGUCCAUUGGGUGGUUCGAGCCUCAUGGACCUGAUUUUGACAGUAAUGAUGGUUUAGCUGUGUUGGUUCCAAGCUAUAGACCUGGUUGCAAGAAGGUGGUGGAAGGUGCAAACAACCAGCUUUUGAGUGCUAUCAAGAACCUUGCAGAUGAGUUCUCUCCUGAGGGCACAAACGGUAUGGCACAAUGGCUUUCUUCUCCUCAGAACUUCAAUAUCUAGAAAUAGGUGAUCCUUCUUAGAGUGGCCCUAUUUGCGUUCUUCAUUCUUUGAUCGUUUGAAGAAUCUGACCUGUUCCAGUACCAAAUUUUGUUUAUAAAAAGAGAUGAAAAGAAAAAAGAAGCAAUAAUUAGAGCAGAAAAGAUCCUGUUAGGCUCUCAGCAUCUUGUGUAGAAGUGCAGAUUAAUAACCGAUUGAACUUGACCCUAAAUUAUCCAGUUAAGAGAGCGGAAUAUCAAUCUCACAUGGACUGGAAAAAAGGCUCCAACAGAUGCAUUCCAGCACACUUCAUGUUCUGUAAUUCAUCUUUCCAUUGGUUCGUUGCACCUGCAUUCACUGAGAUUCAAGGACUAGGAGAAACUUGAAGUAUAAUGGAGAUAUUUUCUUUUAUUGUAAAUAUAGGCACUGAAAGAAUAUCCCAAACCUGGUGACUAUCAAGCUUUUGUGAAUAUGUGAAAUAUAUUUAUGCUUUAACUCGCUAGUACUGUAAAUAAUUCUACUCAUAGUUGAUCAAGGGCCAUCCUGUUGAUAUCUCA